GAGAGCGACCCAUUUUCUCACCCGACGUCUGACGAAUAGGUUUAGUUUUCUGAGGGCAGUGGACUGGUACUGAUAUACAAAACCGUUUCAGUUGCGAUAUUUAGGAUAGGCUACGAUAGAUGUUUUCUGAGUUUAGCGUUUAAAUAAAUAAGCCUGAAAGAGAAAGCGAGAACUUUCUCGCUAACUACAGUCAUGAGUCGAGUAGUAGAUGUGAGUCUGAAAUCACACAAAAUGGGUUUGGAGGAGGAUUUCUAUUCGUUUGAUUUUGACAACGAAGAGAUACCUGUGUAUCAGAACCAGGACGAAAUCCUGGCUGCUCUGAGGCAGAAAGAGGAAGAGGUUAUUUUGGCAGCGCAACUGGGGAACGCACUACUUUUGGAGAAUCGUCAGUUAAAAGAGGAGGUUGACAAACUGCACGAGCAGUACACGGACAAACUGGAGGUUCUGGAGCAGGGUCGGCAUGAGCUGCGUCUGAAGCUGGAGGGCUGUGAGGCGCAGAGGGAGGGUCAGGUGUCGGAGCUGGAGCGCGACGUCAGGGAGCUGAGCGGCCAGGCACAGCAGCUCCGCACGCAGCUCAGCCAGGCCCAGCGGGACCGCCGCCGCCACCAGCAGGAGCACAGCGAGCUCAGCCAGCGCCUCCGCCAGCAGCUGCAGGACGCGAUGGAUGCAGAGCAUGCCGUGAGUGCGGAGCUUCAGACACUGAGGCAGGAAGUGAGGGAGAGUGGACACUCCAGACCUCAGGACGAGGAGCUACUCAGUGCCAUGAGAGAGCAGGUGGCGCGUCUGACAGAGAAGGACCAGGCUUUGGAGCAGCGUCUGCAGUGUGUGUGUGAAGAGAACUCGGAGCUGAAGGAAAACCUGAGUUCAUUACACACACGCCUCACACUACACGAACAACAGAGCCAGCAGCACAUUCAACAGCUGGCAGAGGCGUGGCGUGAGGUGGAGGUGGCACGUGGGCGGAGUCAGGAGCUGCAGUGCCAGGUGGAGGUGCUGCAGGAGGAGGCGUCCAUGCAGGAGGGGAGCCAUGGCAACGCAUCGCUCCUCUCAGAGCUGGAGCUCAGUCUAGACACCCUGGGCCUCGGCACAGACAGACAACAGCUCACACAGGAAGUUGAGUCCAUCCUGAGGCUUCUACUUCCUCUAACGCAAAACCCCCAGGAGGUGGGCGGCGGGCAGAAUGACCUGCAGGGCAUGGUGGCACAGCUGAAGAGCCUGGCACAGGAGCUCACACAACAACACACAUCUCAGCAGCAGCUGAGAGGCUCCAUUGUGGAGGUGGGGAGUGACCAGGCGGAGAGGCCGGCCCAGAUACAGGAGCUCAAGGAUCAGGUGUGUGUGCUGCAGGAGGAGAAUCGUGAGCUGAGGUUGCUGUCGGAGCGCUGCAGGGUGGAGGAGGAACACCUCCAUCAGGCCAUCAGAGACCGAGACGAGGCCAUAUCAAAGAAGACCCUGAUGGAGGCGGAGCUUAUGCGCAGCAAGAGCGAUAUGAUGAGUCUGAAUAACCAGCUGCUGGAGGCCAUUCAGAGGAAGCUGGAGCUCUCACAGGAGCUGGAGGCAUGGCAGGACGAUAUCCAGGUGAUUCUUAACCAGCAGCUGCGGACGCAGCAGCAGUGUGACCAGAGCCAGAGGAAGCCGGUGGCGGCUCACCCACUCUCCUUCCUGCGCCGCUCCCGCCGCCUCUCCAGCGCGCCCGUCUGCGUCUCCCAGACAACCACCACCGCCGCCGCCGACCGCAACGGACCCUCGCCCUGGAGGGACUGGCUCAAGAGGGGCAAAUGAGCUGUGCUAAUUGCCCCUUGCCCCGUCGUAAACCUGAACAAGAACCCCGGGGGGCAAAUCAGCUACUCUAACUUCCUACCCCCCUCAUAAACUUGUGACUGCACCAGGGGUAGGUGAACGGCGCCAAUUGCCCCCCUGCUAGAUGAACACUAGAUGAACUGUACCCGGGGCAAGUGAGCCGUAUUACCUGCCCCUGCAGAAACUACACAGACUGCACCAGUGGCAAGUACUGUAGGCAGCCCCAUCUGCCCCUAAUAAGGUGAGAAAAAGUGCAUCACCACAUGCCCCCAUGCGAAACACACAAACUGCACCAGGGGGCAUGUACCAUCUGCAGUCCUCAGAGAGCAGACGAGCAGUAAGACACACCAUCUGCCCCCGUGGAGGCCAAGCCAACUGCACCAAGGGCGAUAGCGCCACACCAUCUGCCCCAACACAUGCAUGAAGUAGCUGCACCAGGGGCAGUUGGGAGGGGGGGGGGGGGGGGGGCAGAUAUCCCCCAUGCCGCUCAAGUGCGGCAGCCACUGGAAAAUCGGCUGGCCGUGAACAUGAGUGCGGCUGGUGCUAGGGGCUAUUUGGACACAAUGGGAGAGAGCCCUGAAGCUCACUCUCUCUGACAGUUCUCAUGAGUUAGAGCACUACCAAGUAUCCUGGAGUCCACUGUUUCACAUGGGCAGACCUGAGAAGAUGUGCUUCUCCAAGAAGAAUGAAGGAACGGAAUGCCUUAUCCUGGUGGUUUGGAUCGCCACACCUCAAAGAAUGUUUCUUUUUUUUAUUUUUUCUCCUGAUCAUAAGGUUCAAAUAAGUUCUAUUUUGUUGUAUGAAGCUGUAUUAUUUGAUAAUAUAAAUGUUAUGUUAGAUUAUGAUUCAGUCAGUAUUUGUAUUUAUUUCUCCCUGUUAUUUUGAUUAAAAGUAAGGGAACAAGCAUCGCUGAUCAAAGCAUGUGCAUGUCGGGCAUGCACUUCCUAACGGUGCUGUCAACUUAUGUUGAACUUAACACUGUAUUUUCCAAGAUGGCUGACUUGGCCCUGCAAUAUCCUAUCAAUGUGCUUCUGACUAUUCCCAGAGAUUAUUGUGUGCACACAACAAAGCCUUACUCCAGACACUACUCACAUCUUUGAACUGUGAUUGGCUAGAGUGUAUUUUUUCAAACCAAUUUUGAACGUUGUUAUAUAAGAUUUCAGUGCACUUGUAUUAGGUCAGAAAGUGUGUUGCAGGUGAAACACACUAUGCUAAGAUCAACCUGCCUUUCUACUGAAGUCCAAUGAACAAACUCACACGAACACAUUGGCCAGGAGUCCCUCCAACCUUAGAACCCCACUAGGGUCUUGUAAAAUAGCCAUACCACACUACUGAGACGCCAGAGACGCACGAGGGCUUUCUCACACUUUCUCACGCUCACCGGGCUCUUUGCUACAGGCACUGAGAGUCUUCAUCUUUUUUCCCGUUUGCCAUGAUGCUGUAUGCUUCCAGCUCCAGGGUUAGGUGAUAGACAUCUCUGUUGCAGCUGCUGAAGCCAUUUCCUCAGUGAUUCCUGUAUGUGACUCCAUCACUGAUCUAUAAAGAUGGUUCUGUAUAGAUCAGUGGACUCCAUCAGUUGUCAAUCAACAGGAACAGUCUGAUCUGCAUGCAUAAGGAUACCAGUCACAUCCAUAUUUGCUGUAGGCCUACAGCAUAAUGUCUAGCUUACUCACAUUUCAACACAUGCUGGUCACAGUUAAACUACUGAUUUGGUUAGUUCAUGUGUCUUUUUUUUUUGUUAAAGCAAACUGUCUAAUGUUGUAAUAAUGUUGAAAAAGAAAUGACGACUGACUAUUUGUAGUACUUAUUUGGUGAUAUUUGUAGUAUGUUGAUCUUUGAGAUGCAUGGGAAGGUGUUUAUGUAGUACUGUCCUGAGAAGCACAUGUGAAUGCCUUACACUGUGAAAUAAAGUCAGUUUU